GUGCUUCCUCCUCCCUGUGCUCUCCUCGGGGAGGUGUUGGAAGGGGAAAAAAAAAAGAGAAGAAAGCGGGAAGAGACGGUGACAGGGCAGGGAGUGAGGGCACGGGCGGCACCAUGGGAGCUGGCAUCGAGGGCUGGCGGGGCCACGGGGCUGCUGGGCCACUGGCCACCCCAGGACGGUGACAGGGAGGGGCUGGGAGCACCUGCUGGCACCUCCCGUGUCCCCGUGUCACCUCGCGGCUCCCCAGAAACUCGGCCCCACCAUGGGGUGUUAAUGACAGAGCUGGCAAGCAGCUCGCGGGCUGGGGGCGUUGGAUGGGCACAGAGGAUCCCCAAAGGACGUGUCUGGGCAAGGCACCGUCCUGCCCCCGGCUCUGAGGAUGCACAGGCUGCUCCUGCUCGGCUGCCUCUGGCUCCUGGCAGCGCCCCCGGGCUCCAGCAUCUUCCAGAGGCCCACGGGGACCCCAGCCCCACCGCACCUGCAGUACCUGCUGGAGCCCCUCCACCCCACGGUGCACACGCAGCGCGGCGCCACCGCCACCCUGCCCUGCGUCCUGCGAGCCCUGCCCCACAACUACCGCGUCAAGUGGAGCAAGGUGGAGCCGGCCAACUACCGGGAGAGCAUCAUCAUCAUCACCAACGGGCUGUACCACAAGAACUACGGGCCGCUGAGCCCGCGGGUGCGCCUGCGGCACAGCCACCGCUACGACGCCUCGCUCACCAUCACCGACGUGGCGCUGGAGGACGAGGGGCGCUACCGCUGCCAGCUCGUCAACGGGCUGGAGGAUGAGAGCAUCUCGCUCACGCUGCACCUGGAGGGGGUUGUCUUCCCUUACCAGCCCAGCAAUGGGCGCUACAAGUUCAACUACCACGAAGCCAAGCGAGCCUGCGAGCAGCAGGACUCCCGCCUCGCCACCUACCAGCAGCUGUACAAAGCCUGGACAGAGGGUCUGGACUGGUGCAACGCCGGCUGGAUCCUGGACGGGACCGUGCACUACCCCAUCAUCAACUCGCGGGAGCCGUGCGGCGGCCGCCUCCUCCUGCCCGGCCUCCGCACCUACGGCGCCAGGGACAAGCAGAAGGACCGGUUCGAUGCUUUCUGCUUCACCUCUGCUCUCCAAGGCAGGGUUUACUUCAUCCGCGGCCACCUCACCUUCAAGGAGGCGGGGCAGGCGUGCCGCAACCACGGCGCUGCCAUUGCCAAGGUGGGGCAGCUCUACUCCGCCUGGAAGUUUUCCCAGCUGGAUCGCUGCGACGGGGGGUGGCUGGAGGACGGCAGCGUCCGCUACCCCAUCACCACCCCCCGGCAGCGCUGCGGGGGCUUGCCCGAGCCCGGCGUCCGCAGCUUCGGCUUCCCCAGCAAGGAGAUGAGGAGCUACGGCACCUACUGCUUCGUGGGGAAGUGAGGACACGGGGCUGAGCAGGGGGACAGCGCCGGGACACAGCGCUCAGAGCUGGGGGCGGGGUAGGAGGGGGGUCUGCCGGAGGUUCGGGUGCUAAAGUGACAGAGCUGGGUGUGGGCUCCCCUGAAGGAGCAGGGGCCCGUGUCCCAGCCUGCUGGGAGGCUUGGGGGGUGUUUGGGGUGCGCUGGAGAAGCCAGACCCGCUGCUGGGGGUUUAACCCAGCCACCCUGGUGACCCCUCGCCCCAUCCUCACUGCCCACGGCCGUGAGGGCUCUGCCUGCUGGCCCUGGUGCUGCACAGGCAGAGGACUGGGGCUGGGCAUUAACCGGCGUCACUAAUGGCAUGUUGCCUUCUCAAUUAAUAAAGCAACAGCGACACACCUG